AAGCAGCCGUGCCAAACGGCCUCAACUAUGCUCUAAGCGCUGGUGAAAACCGCGGUUCACGUUGUUAUUGGUGGAGGUCUCUCCUUGCGACCGCUCUCUUCUUCGAUUUGUUGCCCAUCCAAGCCGCGAGUUUCUCCCAGUCUCACAACAAUCUUCGUCGACGCCCUUCAACGGCCGCACGGUUCCCGCUUCGAAUGAGCAAUCAUAGACUCGCCAGCGCCGCCCGUGCUCCACCCUGAUAGAAUCAGCGACGGCUAUGUGGCCUUUCUUGCUACGGCAGCGGUGUUUACGUCCCUCUCCGCAAUAUGCGUCUUUCUUCGCGUCCUCCAGAGGCGUCUGAUUGACCAUUUGUGGUGGGACGACUGGUUCAUUUUCGGCUCGCUCUUCUUCGCCGUCGGCGUUUUGAUAACCACCGUUCUUGUUGCGACCGUAGGCGGUGCCGGCUAUCACAUUACUACUUAUACCCAGACCCAGUUGGAGACAUACAUCAAGAUUUGUCUCACCAACAACGUCAUAUACAACCUGGGCAUCAUGCUGUCCAAGCUUUCUAUCCUGUGCUUUUAUCACCGAAUAUUUUCCAUCGACAAUACGGUUAAACGUUUCAUGAAGGCUGUCGGCCUGGUCGUCAUCGCAAACUGCGUCGCAGCCAUGGGCGGCCUCAUCUUCGCCAACUCGCCGGUCGAGGGCCAGUGGAACCUCUCCAUCACCUCGACGACCAUCAACAACAAGGCAUUCUGGGUGACCAUCGGAAUAGUGAACCUUGUUCUCGACAUGGUCGUUCUGGCAAUACCGCAGUCCAGGGUGUGGAAACUUCAACUGUCGAGGCAGCGGAAGCUUGGUGUUUCGUUCGUGUUUUUGCUAGGCGGAUUUGUCUGCAUCGCGACAACUAUUCGAGUCAUCUACAUGGCGAGGAUCGAUGUUUCUGAUAUUACGUACCAGUUCACUAUUCCCGGCAUCUGGACCUGCGUGGAGAUGAAUGGGUCCAUCAUCUGUGCCUGCCUCCCAGCCGUCUACAGCCUGUUCAAGGUGAAGACGCGCAGGGACAGCCGGUCCGAGAGCAAAAGCCAAGCAUCUGUGGCGCACGCUCCUGGGUCCCCUGAGAGCGAGAGAAACAAGUACCUCAACCUAGACACCACACCACAAGCACACGAGAGGUACUACGUCCAGGGUGCAGGCCUCCAGCGUGGGAAGCUCUGACGAUACCGUUCCGCUGGGUCCGAUUCGCGUUGAGAGAGGCUACGAAGUGAUCCGAUAGGCCCCACCCCGAAUGCUUGUGCGAGACCAACUGUAUGUACGAGGUGCUAAAUGAUACUUGUUGAAGUAAUACAAAAUCAGCAAUCAAUAACUUCGCCAGGCCACAUUUACUGUCAGGUAUAGAUUGCGAUUUACGGAACUGUACAAAUCGAGGGUCGGGGCCUGCAGCUCCUCCGCUGCAUCCAAAAC